AUGGCGGCGGCCGCUCGGGUGGGCUGGAGGCGGGGGCUCGCCUGUGCGCCCCGCCGCGGCUUCGCCUUCCACGGCCGCCGGCCCGGCCCGGAAAGAGGGCUAGAGCCCGAGGACUCGACGCAGAGCCGGGUGCCAAGAUUCUGCCCACCCAGAAAAUCUUGCAGUGAUUGGAUUGGACCCCCGGAUAGAUAUUCAAACCUUCGACCAAUCAAAUUUUACAUCCCUGAAAAUGAAUCUCCAUUGGAACAGCAGCUUAGGAAAUUAAGACAAGAAACGCAAGAAUGGAACCAACAAUACUGGGCAAACCAGAAUCAGACAUUUAGUAAGGAAAAAGAAGAAUUUAUUCACUCAAGAUUGAAAGCUCGAGGUCUGGGAUUGAAAGAUGAAACAGGUAAAAAAAUAACACUGAAUGCAGAAGAAAUGGCUGAUUUUUACAAGGAAUUCUUAAGUAAAAAUUUUGAGAAGCAUAUGUACUAUAACAGAGACUGGUACAGACGUAAUUUUACUAUCACCUUGUUCAUGGGAAGAGUGGCCUUAGAGAGGAUUUGGAGGAGGCUUGGAUUCAAACAGGUGAAGAACAAUUAGAAGCACACCUGUGUCUGCCUUCAUCAGGUCCCAGGCUGGUCAUCAGGUUCAGACUCUGGUGUGACUGUGACAUCCUGUUUACCUCGAAC